CCUCAUUCUACUUUUAGGUUAUCCCUUUAUUUAGGUUAUAUCAUCGAUUCCUACAUGUAGUACAUGAUUCACUCGCGCUUUCUUGUUGAGCAUGAUAAUCUAUUCUAAAUAUUUGAUACCUGCCUUGCGGUUGCGGUUCUUUUCCAACUACAACAAGUCCUUCACUAGCUUAAAAGUAGAAUCAUGAAGCCCGCAGCAACCGAAGUCGAAGGAGCUAGCGUCACCGGUGGCGGUGGUGUCGCCUAUAGUGCACCAACUCCAUCAUCCUCAUCUUCCUCAACGACUGGAGGUAGGUCUCCAAGGUGUUACAACCUCUCAGACUUCGAUGUCGGCACUACACUGGGCAUAGGUGCAUUCGGGCGUGUCUAUUUCGCCGUUGACAAGAAGUACAGCCACGACGAGAAGGAGCAGGACGAUGGUAUUGAUUGCCGGCAUCAGUAUGACAGGUACAACUCUGGCGCUCCUGACGCAAGAACAUCGAGGCCUCGUGGUCCUGUAGUAGCUCUGAAGAGCCUGAAGAAGAGACGUUUGAUUCGCCAAAAUCAGACAAAACAAGCCUGGUGUGAGCGAAUACUGCUUUCACGGUUGCGCCACCCCUUCCUCGUUCGCUUAUAUGGCGUCUUCCAGUCUCCGAGAUGCGUCUACUUUUAAGGCUCAACUUUCAAUGGUCAACAUUGGGGUUGGUCACUGAGAGCGAAGAGGUGACCCCUUGAGAGAACAGGGGAAAACGAAGGGAAAGGGGAGACGAGCUUUGAAGGGGGUCUCUUCCGUUCAGAGUCAGUGGCCAAGGAAUGCUGCGCUUUAAUGCUUCGUCCUUGAGUUUGUCCGGGGUGGCGAGUUCUUCUUUUUCCUAAGGCAAAGGGAACGCCUCUCAGUAGACGCUUGUCGCUUCUAUGCUGGCUGCAUCGUAUCCGCUUUUGAGUACUUGCACCGAGAGGCGAUUGUUUACAGGGAUCUGAAACCAGAGAACGUGCUGAUAGCUCAAGAUGGCUAUCUGAAACUAGCAGAUUUUGGCGCAGCUAAAUUGUUGGAUCAACAUGUUGACCUGGCACAACCACAAGUAGCAGAUGUAAGACCUCUUCAAGUCGGAUUUGCUGCAGAUAAUUCUUCAAAUGGAAAUCAUGUUGACCUCCCUGAUCAGCAUGUGAAUAAUGAGACGUUACCAAGAACGCGUUCGUUUGUGGGUACACCCGAAUACAUCGCUCCAGAAAUUCUGUUGAACAAAGGACAUGGGGUGCCAGUGGAUUGGUGGUGUUUGGGCGUAUUCCUGUAUGAGAUGCUUACGGGACAACCACCGAUACGAGAAGACGACCCAAAUGACGGGAUGUUGCCAACGAACGGGGUGGGUGCUGGAGGAGGUGCGGCCCAACAUUUUUAUGCAUGGUUUAUCCAACUUGUUCUUCUUCUAUCUUGGUGAUGGAGAUUAUGCAUGAUGGAGGUUUAUCCACCUUGUUCUUCUUCUUGGUGAUGGUAGAAGUAUUGUCGUAGUAGCCUAAGUACUUGCAUUUCUCGUCGUGUUGAGUCUUCAUUCAUCUAGUACUUGGAAGAUUUUUUUGCUCAACAUUGUACGUGGUGGAGGUGAUUUCAGGAUGAUGUAAGUAGAAGUAGAUGAAUUCAUCAUCCACGACCUGCUCUAAUCGUCACACUCGCAGCCCUACCCAAUGAGCAUUUACCAGAAACUUCUUGGUCGUUCAAAGAUUGCCUUCCCAGCUUAUUUGCACGACAAGAAACCAGCUCGUGAUAUCAUCCGCAAGCUCCUUGUUGCAGAUCCGAGUAGGAGAGCGGACCAUCGAGUCUUGAAGCGACAUGCGUUUUUUGUUAUGGUUAUGUGGCAGUGGCUUUUUUCAAGAAUGAAUCAUUCAAGUAUUCGAAAACUCAAACUAACCGAGGUACUGAAUGAAAUACGGGAGGUAGGAGCUAGCUUUGACAAGGCUACAACAACUCUUCCUUCUCAUCAGUAUCUCGGUUAUUCUGAUCAGUUACUUGCUUAUUUCAGUUUUUCGAAUACCAGAUGAGCGAUUCACUUUCACACCCUCAAAGGCUUCAUAGGCUGAUCCUCCUCUAAUCCCAGUCACGACGCAUACACGUUCUUCGACUCCCUUCUGCAAAAGGAGAUCCCUCCGCCGUACAUACCCACGCUGAAAAACGAGCAUGACACGUCAAACUUCGAGUACUACUCAGACUCUGAAGACUCAGUAGACUUGCAAGGAACAAAUGUCGAGGAUGAUCCUUUUGCAGAAUGGUAA